AUGUCUCGGGAGCCCGGUUGCAGCCGCUGGCUCCUUUUCGCCGCGUGCACCCACCUUUUCUUCCUUCUCCCGCCGCUCCGCACCCCGGCUUUUGCUGUAAGUGUAGUUCCUGAAGGUGCAGAAGAUGAGACUGAACUCCCUGUGCUGCAGAAGUCAAAAAAAAGUGGAACAAUUAGUAAAAUAAGUGGAGAAUUAAAAGAAAUUGUAUUUAUCAUCCAGAGCCAAAGUAAUUCUUUUCAUUCCAAGAGAGCAGAAGAUCUAAAAAGAGAUAUUUUAAAACAGGCUGCAGAUCUUGGAAAGGAAUUACCUACAGUUCUACUUACUCAUCAGAUGGAUGUGCAGGAAGGUGCAUGGACAAUAUUACCAUUAAUGAGAGACUUCUCUGUUACCUAUGGUAGGAACUCCUCAUGGAUUUUCUUCUGUGAAGAAGAUACAAGAAUACAAGUUGUAAAGCUUCUAGAAACACUCAGAAGAUUUGACGUGUCUAAGGAGUGGUUUUUAGGUAAAGCAUUAUAUGAUGAAGAAUCUACAAUAAUCCACCAUUAUGCCUUUGCUGAAAAUCCUACAGUCUUUAAAUUUCCAGAUUUUGCUGCUGGCUGGGCACUCAGCAUUCCACUUGUUAACAAGCUUGCAAAGAAGUUGAAAAGUGAACCACUCAAGUCAGACUUUACAAUAGAUUUAAAGCAUGAGAUUGCCCUGUAUAUUUGGCAGAAAGGAGAAGGACCACAUCUUACUCCAGUGCCUGAGUUCUGCACAGAUGAUGUAAACUCGUACAAGACUGAUCACUGUGCAACAACAUUCAAUAAUUUUCUACCACUUUGUGGUGAGCCAGUGAAAAAGGAAGAUGUUUUUGUUGCUGUAAAAACAUGUCGGAAAUUCCAUGGUGACAGAAUACCAGUUGUAAAGCAGACCUGGGAAAGAGAAGCUGCCCUUAUUGAAUACUACAGUGACUAUGCAGACAUUUCCAUCCCUACUAUAGAUUUAGGCAUACCUAAUACUGACAGAGGUCACUGCGGGAAAACUUUUGCCAUUUUGGAAAGGUUUUUGAAUCAUAGCUCUCCCAGAAUUCCUUGGCUAGUCAUAGUGGAUGAUGACACACUGAUCAGUAUCUUCAGACUCCGAAAAUUACUCAGCUGCUAUGACCCAAAUGAAGCAGUGUUUCUUGGAGAACGUUAUGGCUACGGCUUGGGAACAGGAGGAUACAGUUACAUCACUGGUGGAGGAGGGAUGGUUUUCAGCAGAAGAGCUGUUCAGAAGCUGCUUGCUAGUAAAUGCCGAUGUUACAGCAUGGACGCACCUGAUGAUAUGGUCCUUGGGAUGUGUUUCAGUGGCUUAGGAAUCCCCAUAACACAUAGUCCACUUUUCCAUCAGGCAAGGCCAGUGGACUACCCAAAAGACUACCUCGCUCACCAAAUUCCAGUCUCUUUUCACAAGCAUUGGAAUAUUGAUCCAGUGAAGGUGUAUUUCACAUGGCUGGCACCAAACACAGAAGAGCCAGAGAAAGCAAAGAAAGUUGGACAUAACAGAGAGGAUUUAUAA